GACCGACCACUUUCCCAAAUCCUCCAGACGAAAUUUAAUUCAACGGCGACAAAAAGAAAACCGCAGCGAGAAUAUGGCGUCAGGUUUAGCCCUCCCCUCGAUCCUGCCGGCGGUGGCCUGCGCGAGCUCCCUCGACGGCCGCGGCGGGCGGAGGAGCGUCCCCGCUGCUCGAGCCAGCGGGAGCAACUGGUGGUCCCCCCUGUUCAGCUGGUCGCCGGAGCCCGACUACAUCGACGCCCCCAGCGCGGACGCCCCUGAGGAUGACGGGGUGGAGAAGAAGGGGCGGCCGGCGGCGAGGAGGUUCUCGGCGUUCACGGAGGAGAAGGCGAGGGAGCUGCGGAUCCGGAUGAUGGAGUCGGAGGCCUUCCACGACGCCAUGUAUCACUCCGCCAUCGCCUCCCGCCUCGCCUCCGACGUUCCCCGCCGACGAUCCGCCAACAAUCUGUGAGAGAUGGCCGUUAGGUCUCGGCGUGGCUUCCCCAAAAUAAGACAAGAAUAGAAAAAUGAUGUCUGUAAUUGAAAAAUAAAAAUGUAUCUGGGGAGUUAUUGAAUUUUUAUAUAUAAUUUCCCUUUCUAUUGAUGGAUGUUACUUUACCUUCUUCGUGUUAAAAGUUAAAUUAAUGAAAUAAAUAUUGAUCUAGUAAAUUGGUGAUUA